CUGAGAAUCAAACCCUAAUGAUGACGUGGCGCCGACUUUUGAUUUAAAUGGAUCAAUUACACAGAAGAGACGACACUCCCUUUCCUUCCUUUGCCCAAAUCACGACUCGGCCAACUUACUUCCUCCUGUUUGGUUACCGAGAAAAUGCUGGAAACUAAAGACCCUGCUAUCAAGCUUUUCGGAAAGGAAAUCCUCGUUCUGGCGGAGUUCUCUACUCCGGAGAUCUUCGACUUUGAACGGAGCUCUACUGGGACGGACUCUUCAGAGGAAGAGAAAGCAGAGAAGGAUUCUCCAGCAGGAAAAUCCGCAGAGACCAUGCAACAAGAUGAUACUUUCCCUGAAAAUACAGAAUCGGCAAAUCCAGAGAAUAUGAAAGAGAGUGAUGUGAACCCGAAGACACCUUCUAUGGAUGAAGAAUCUGCUAAAUCAGAGACUACCAUGACAGAGAAAGAACAGAGUGGGACAACGAACUCAGAAGAGAGAACUUUGAAGAAGCCGGACAAGAUACUUCCAUGCCCCCGCUGCAAUAGCAUGGAUACAAAGUUCUGUUACUAUAACAAUUACAAUGUCAACCAGCCCCGUCAUUUCUGCAAAGCCUGUCAAAGAUAUUGGACGGCAGGGGGUACAAUGAGAAAUGUGCCUGUUGGAGCUGGACGUCGCAAGAACAAGAAUUCUGCAUCCCAUUAUCGUCACAUAAACAUCUCUGAGGCACUUCAGGCUGCUAGAAUGGAAACUCCGAAUGGCACUCACCAUCCUUUAUUGAAAAGCAAUGGUAGAGUCCUUAGCUUUGGGUUAGACACGCCAAUAUGUAGUUCUAUGGCUUCUGUAUUAACUCUUUCGGAUAAGAAAGUUUUGAAUGGCACCCGAAAUGGGUUUCACGGCCAUGGGGAGCAAAGAAAUCCAGGUCCUUGCAAAGGUGGAGAAAAUUGUGAUGACUGCUCUAGUGGAUCUUCUGUCACAGUUUCUACUUCAAUGGAGGAAGGGGGCAGAAAUUGCUUACAAGGACCACCAAUGCAAGAUGUUAAUGGAUUCUCUUCUCCAAUUCCUUGUCUUCCUUGGCCUUAUCAAUGUAACUCUGCAGUGCCCCCACCUGCUUUCUGCCCCCCAGGAUAUCCCAUAUCAUUCUAUCCUGCCUAUUGGAAUUGUAAUUAUGGAGGCACCUGGAACAUCCCUUUGUUAUCUCCGCAAUCUUCCUCAUCAAACCAAAAGGGUCCAAGCUGCAGUCCAAAUUCUCCCACACUAGGGAAGCAUUCAAGGGAUAGGAACAUGGAUAAAUCAGAUGAUCUUGAGGAAGAGCCUUGUAAACAAAAAAAUGGAUGUGUUUUGGUCCCCAAGACUCUAAGAAUUGACGACCCAACUGAGGCUGCAAAAAGCUCCAUAUGGGCAACACUGGGAAUCAAGAAUGGAUCAAUCAAUGGGGGAGGACUAUUCAAGUCUUUCAAAUCAAAGGGUGAUGAAAAGAAUCAUAUAUCUGAAACAGCUCGGGUAUUGCAAGCAAAUCCUGCCGCCUUCUCUAGAUCCAUCAAUUUCCAGGAGAGCUCUUGAAGGUGUGGUAGUUUGCUGUAGUACCUAGUGUUUCAUUAAGGCAGCACUUGCCAGCAUCCUUCAUGGAUUAUUUUUGAUUGAUCAGCCUUAAUGCCUAACUGAACUAGCUAGCUGAUUGACUGGAAGCAAGGCCAAGGGAGAUAAGUUUCUGGUUGACGAUAAAACAUCUGGCAGGAAAAAGUUCCUCUUUGUAACACUAUGCACAGAUACCUUUAUUUUGUCUGCUUGGUUUGCUUAGUGUCUCCUGUAAAUAUCUAAGUAUGUGUGUGUAGUAGUGAUAGUGUAUAGUUGAGAAAGAUCUUUAGAUGGAUGAAAAUCUAUGUAUACUGGGUUAAAACUCUCUUUCUAGAGCCGGAAAAUGGACAGUUGGACACUGCCGUCGUUUUCCUGGGUUCUGUAUAUAUGCUAACUCUCAGUCAGUAAUUUCUCUGUUGUAUCUUUAUAAAAUGGACUAUCUUAGAGUUUCUCUGAA